UGAGUUUCGAUUUUAUGAUGACUUAUGAGGGGUCCCAGACAGCUUACCCCAUAGAUCUCUCCUUAUUUCCUGUCACGUUGGCUACUCGUAAAAAACCCACUCCAUUGAGCUCUGUCACUGCUGAGGAACUUGCCAUCUCUCUGAGUGAAGCCCUCAGCGGUGGGGACAGUCAAGAAGCAGUUAAGCUGUGUCAGAGGCUGUCACAACUCAGUGUUCCAGUGUCCGUCAGUGUCAAAAGUCAGGCCUACCCUCAGGACUCCAUAAGGUUGUGGGUUGGAGUGGAGGAUGCUCAGUCAGAUACCUACAUCCCAGUUAAUAUUGUGGUUUCUUCUCACAUGACAGUUGCAGAACUUAAAGACAAGAUCAGCCACGACUUCGGGUUCCAUCCGCUGGUGCAGCGCUGGGUGAUCGGGAAGCGGUUGGCUCAGGACCAGGAGACAUUGUACAGCCACGGUGUCCGACAGGAUGGAGAUCAGGCUUUCCUGUUUAUCCUCUCUGCCCAAGCUGGUCAUCUGACACGACAUCAACACAAAUUAGACCAGGAGCAGCAACGCAUAGAGGGCAUCAUCGAGUCAAUACACCUGUUUCCCAGAGGUGCUGGUGGUGGUGAGAAAACAGCUCCUCUUCCAGAGGCUCAGCACACUCCUCCUCCUCUUCCUCCUAAACCCCGACCUCCUCGUAAACCUGCAGUGGCUCCCAAACCUCAGUUGGGCUGGGAAUGUGCUAUGUGCACAUAUGUGAACAAGCCAACUCGUCCUGGCUGUGAGAUGUGUGGAGGGGACCGGCCAGAGGGUUAUGAGGUGCCUGACUUCUACCAGCCAGACCAGCAGGAGGUUCUGCGUAUUCAGCAGGGGCAGGUGGCGUCUCUCUCCUACUGGGCAAUGAAGGCUCAGCAGGAGGAACGAGAGAUGAACUUCUUAUACCUGUUGGCAACAGAAGAGCAGAAUCUCAUCCCCAGCUCCACAGAGACAGACUGUCCUAUCUGCUUCUCUACUCUGGAGCCAGGAGAAGGUAUCACCCUCAGAGAGUGUCUACACGUCUUCUGCAGGGAAUGUCUCAGAGGGACAAUACUGAACACUCAAGAUGCUGAGGUGUCCUGUCCUGAAAAAUGUGACAGCAAGUUACAGGACCGAGAGAUCAAAGAGCUGCUCACAGAAGAGGAGCACCAGCGGUUUUUGGAGUUGCGUCUGAGCAUCGCAGAAAGCCGCUCAGAUCACAGCUUCCACUGUCAGACUCCGAACUGUCGAGGGUGGUGCAUCUAUGAGGAUGAAGUCAAUGAGUUUGAUUGUGAGCUCUGCGGAGAAAUCAACUGCAUUCUCUGCAGGGCCAUCCAUGAAGGCAUGAAUUGUAAGGACUACCAAGAUGACCUGCGCAUUCGAGCAGAGAACGACCAGGCGGCUCAGAAAACUAAGCAGAUGCUAGAGAAUUUGCUGCAAAGUGGGGAGGCCAUGAAAUGUCCAAAGUGUGACAUCAUCAUUCAGAAAAAAGAUGGUUGUGACUGGAUCUGCUGUUUGAUGUGCAAGAUAGAAAUCUGCUGGGUCACCAAACAAGCUCGCUGGGGACCAAACGGCACUGGCGACAUAUCUGGUGGCUGUAGAUGUCGAGUAAAUAAUCAGCCGUGUCAUCCUAACUGCCAGAACUGCCACUGAGGCAAGCACAUUAAUGAAGACACACUAUACAUGGAACUGCAAGCACAUGCACUGCUUCAAGAAACACAGCCCUCAGGUGAUGCUUAGGCCUCUAACCUGUUGCUAGCUACAUCCAUGUGUUCUUUUGAUUUAUUUUAGCCACCUUCAGCCUUUAUUUCUGGGGUACUCUGACAGGACAAUGUACAGUAUUUGUCCUGCUGCUGAGGCACACCUUUCUUAAGUGGUGGGAUAACCACAGAUAAAAGACAAUACACACUGCCAGCUUUAUCUUCUACAAUUCUGCAGCUCCCAAUGUGAGAAAAUAAGCUCUACUAGAAUUGUUUGCUAUAAUAGUACCUUUUUUGUGUUGAAUUAAUGCUUAAUAUACAUUUUGGCCUCUGCCUACUUCUUUCAUCACAAUUCAGUUUGAUGAGCCAGCAAUAAUAUUGCACCUUUUCAAGACUACUUUUAUAUCAAAAUCAUCAUCAUAUCAUGUCUUCCUAAUUAAUAUUUUGGGGUUGUUAUGGGAAUUGUAAGCAAUGGCAUUCAUAUUAGUCAACUAAUCACUGUGCUGAAGGAUGUUUACACUGAGUGAAUGUGUUCAUAAUGCAAUGCAAGCUGCUCUCACACACUUAAUGACUUUGAAGUAUUAGGUUUGCAACGUGGGAGAGCCGACAAAUAAUUGUAUUUUUUUACUGUAGGUAUUCAGGUCUCAUCUCUACUUAAAUGUUAAUCCUGCAAGAAAGAAAACAAUGCAUUAUAUGUGCAGAAUGUUUCUUGCAUUUGUGAUGCUGGGUUUUAUAUUUAUAUCAGUCAUUAAAUGAAACCAUCUGUGCUGCACUGUAGUGGACAUUUUUGAGCAAGUUACAGUACAUGUAGAAUUGACGCAACUCAGUCUCAGUUGUAUUUUGUCAGGUUUAGCUCAACAUUCAUCAGGGCAAGGUUUUGUCUGCAUCAGCUGUCUUUUGUCUUGGUUUUUUUUUUUUCU